AGUGCACUCCAUGGGGUUUAAAGUUAUCUUUAGAACAACAGGUGGCGGAACUGAAGGUGAACUCACAGGUCAAGUCAACAAAACCUUAUCUGGGGGAUAACAGACUCAGUUCAGCUACGCUUCCACUCAGGCUCUGCUGCCGGGAACUUUCCUCCAACUUUUACAGUCCAAACCUGUUUGUGGUAAAAGGUAUUCAUCUUGAACAAAAUGUAUCUUGCCUGCUUGCACCCACUGGUGGGUUUUGCAUGUGUUCCCUGUUUUAUCUUAGCAUGCUGCGUGGCUAAUCCAGGGAACAUCCAAAGAGCCAUCUGCGCCGAGCAUAACUGUAUUCCCAUUUGUGCAAUAAAUAAUUACAUCAUGACAAAGUGUUUCUGACUGAAGUAGUGUAGUGUUGUGCUUUUACCUCCUCCAGGAGGUUUUCACAUCUGUCUGCUCUGUGUUUACUUGUGGGUUAGUUUAUUUUGUUUGGCUAUUAAACCACUGUACAUAUUUUGCACCAAACAUAGUGGAUGGGGCUCAGUCAGGAUCCCAGCUUUAGACCCGAAGGUGGAAUCAAUGAAACAGUCAUCAGCCCCUGAGUCCACCAGGGCUUGCAGGGGAAUGGAACUGCUGAAUCCAGGGAGAGACGCACAAAGCUGCAUACGUAGGUGAGGGGCUGGUGAAGAGGAGGUGCGGCUCAUCAGUGCCCUCUCAGUUACUGACGAGCCUAAUCUUUUGGUAGGUGGGGACAGGAGGUGAGGAAAUUGCCGGCUAGGCCACAAUAAAUGCACAGGCCUGCUUGGACCUGGUUCUGGCGUUUCAUGGGAGAGAGGCAAGCUCGUCCCAGUUUUAUGGGUUCCUCAGGAGUUGAUUAGGUGAUUGGUAGCAGCGCCGCUGCCUUCACUGCGGGCAGCCUAACUUCUCCCUACGGUGUUCACAAAGGCAAUUAUCGAGAUGAGUAGAAAUGGAGUCUAAACUUUUUUCUCAUCUGUAGCAGCAAACUCAUCCUUGACAUUAUCAGCUUAACCCUGAAGGAAAACACUCUGCAGAGCCUAAUUAUCCCACCCACCCCACCACUUUGCUGAAAAACUAAAGAACACCGGAGCAGAAACUGCAUGCAAGCCCCCAAAUCUAUCAUUAGGGGAUAGGAAAAAAUGGCUGACAUGGCAGCUGGCCGGAGGCGGGCGACGCUUGUAGCGAGGGGGAAGUCACAGGUGGAGAAACAUCAGCGGGAGCGGUAACAGUUCCCCUGGCUGGAGGAAUGGAGAUACAAGCCAUGACGUUGCUUAUGUGUCCUCUGAUCUUGGACAUGCUGAUGGUCAGAAAGCUUAAGGUUUCUAUUACACCCCAUAGAGCAUGGUCACCACCAGUGCACCCUUGGUGGCGAGAGCUUGGCAGAUCUGUGGCCAGAUUGUUCUGUUACAGCUUGUUUGGUCUGGACCCAAAAUGCAGACACGGACACACAAGAGGCUUAUUGAUAACUGAGUCUUGAAAGAAAUAUUGAAGCGGUGGUGAGGUGGGCGCUGAGCCUAGAUGACAGGAGACAGGCAGGCGAGGAGAAGAGGGCUCCGGGGGAAGGACACUGGCAGGUAGGGAGUCGUGGCUGGUGGAGGAAGAUUGAUGGAUGAUUGAAGUCUGUUGUGGUGAGGAGCCAGGUGCCCACAGGUUAAGUAGUGCCCGCGAACAAAUAAACAAACAUAACAGACACACACACACACACACACACAUCCAAGAGAGGGACCCAAGACGACACAGAGGAAAACACAGGGGAAGCAGGAGUCCUGGCGGAGCCAUGACAGGACCCGAAGCAAACAUGCAGGCAAUGGUGCAGAGUAAAGUUUAUGUUCAUCCUACCUGCUCUAUCUUAAGUGUUUUUCAUUAAAUGAAACAGAAUUUGCUUUAUUACUGUUCAAGUGUUUGGCUUAUAUAUAAGUUUGAAUGAUUUGCAUGUCAGCUAUUUGAGAGGAGUGUUAAGCAAGCAACACAAUCUUCAGAACCAAGUUCACAACUUUUUCAAAAUAAAUGUUGUGCUUUUACUUUGUAGACAAGCUGCUGAAGAGGAAGUGAUUCUAUGAAUGACAAAUAUCAGUGCCCGCUACACCCGUGAAUGUCUGUUGCAGUCUGAUAUGUGGAAAUAAAAAUACUAAAAUAAUCUAAAUGAGCCAGCGGGCUAGAAAUUAUUGCAGUACGGGCUGUUUUGGCCCACCGGCUGUGAGGACAUAGAGAAGGCCCAUUGGGUCUUUAGCCCUGCCCCCACUGACAAUUGCAGUUUUUGCCUGUUUAUUUACAUUUUAUUUAUAUUGAACACAUCAAUUUGCACCAAAUACAACACUGUACUUCUUCAAACCCUUUUUUUGAGAUAUGUGUUACACAUACAGAGACAUUUGUGGAAUUAGUAGGUAUGUAAUUACAAGAUAAAGUAUCAAAAAGAAAAUAUAUGAUUAUGUAAUGAUGGUAAUAUAUAUUAUAUAUAUGUAUGUGUAUAUAUAUAUAUAUCUCAAAAUUUAAAGCUCAUGGUAGCUGUCAUGCUCAUACGUCCACAACAUACUUUAUAAUAUACAAUACAAAUAGGAGUGUUGCAUUAAUUCCCAGUCUUUGUUUUCCAUUUGCAAGUUGUAACACAAAAAAUAAUACUGAUCAUUUAUGUUGUCUUUUCUUUGUUUGUCAGGAGAUGUCCUUGUAACGUGGAAAAAUGGAUCUCCUGAAUCAAAUUACCAACCUGUGAACCCAAGUUCCCUCUUUGUCCCUGAGGGUACAGAAGAGAGAAAGAUAGGAGAAUCAUGGCAAUCAGACACAACAAGACAAGCCACGGUUACUGAUGCCUUUGGGGUGAUGAGGAAUGAUGAUCCCAGUCAGGAAGAUUAUCAACAAGCACAAAAAGUAGAGAAUUAUAUAUUCGGUCUUAUACAACGCAGAGUUAUACCGAUGCGCCCCUCCAAGCCCCGCACCAGCCUCUCACAUGAUGCCCGAGUUGUCAAUGUUGUGAGGCAGAGUAGUUUAUGCCGUAAGGAUGAACAAGAUUCACUAAAGCAGGUGUCUGUUCAACAGAUGUUAACUCUGUCCCAGUGUUCAGAGGGAACUGCUACACAGGCUUGCCAAAAUGUGGAUCAGAAGUGUCAUCUAGGGACCGGGUUUAAUGAAGAGGCCUCACCCCUAUACCACAACCACCUCCUCCAAAGUGUCCCGCAUCAACCAGGAUUUUAUCACAAGCCAAGGCAGGCCUCUAUGGUUAACACAUCCAGCUCAACCUUGCCAGACUAUCUAUCUUGCAGUGUGCAGCCAGCCAAACAAGACUCCAGCAAUAGUGAAACUGAUUCAACCCUGAUUCACAACUACCAGCCAGCUCCAGCUGUGUCAAAGCCUCACCAUCCACCUUCUCCUGAUGAGCAGUUGGUCAAUGCAGAGUAUAUUCCAGCCCAGCCCUGUCGAGCCUACACCAGAGCUUAUGGCCAGUAUCACUCCAAUCCCCAGAAGGGCUCUGGGGUACCUAAACCUAACAGAAGCAUGUUUUCUCCAGAAAGAAACCAUCAUCAUGAAGAGCAGCAGCCAACAGCGUCUCAGGUCCAGCCCUCCAGAUGUCGGGGGGGCCCAAAGAAGUGCCGUUUGAAUGAAGAGAAAAGUGUUGCCACUAAGAGGCUGGGGAAGAAAGCGUGUAGGUCUCAGUCAGAGAACAGCUUGCAAAGGGCUCCAGAGCGCAAGUACAAUACAGUAGAGAGGGAUGGUGGAGGAAGUGGGAGUGGUGGAAGGGGAAGCCGGAGUAGUCAAUCCAGGAGCAAGAAACAACAGCAAGGAAGUGGUAGCUGUAGGCGCUGGCAGUCCAGUCUUGAGCUCAGCCAAGAUGAAGCUGACCAGCUGCCCAUACCAGCACCUGUGCCAAACCAAAGGGAACCUUGUCCUAGGCGCACACGCAAAUCUCGUUCUACACAUGCAUCAUAUGUCUCUCCACACCGCAACCACAAUCUCCUUCAACACUCACACCAUCAUCAACCCAUGGAGUACCAGUUAGAGAGGGAUCAAGUGCCACUGUGUAAGCCAAGUGAGAACUACCUUCACCAAGAUCAGGGUGAGUCUGAGUCAAGCAUGAGCGAGGCUGACUCUCCAGAUUCCAGCUCUUUAUCCAGUGACUCAGAUGAAAGUGGUGGUCUGGUUUGGCCCCAACAACUCCCCCCUCAACUUUCCCUCCCAUCACCACCGGCCCCACCUGGAGCCCCUCUGCAGCCCAAAGCUUUUGUCAAGAUUAAGGCCUCACAUGCCCUUAAGAAGAAGAUCUUGCGCUUCCGCACUGGUUCGCUGAAAGUAAUGACCACUGUAUAAAGUGGAAUAAUGGCCAAAAUAAAGUAAUAUGAGCUGUCGAGCUUUGGACUAUGUACCAUGAGAGAACACAAACUGUGAACACAACAUAAAAUGUUAAUUAGGUAUGAUAUGAAAAUCUAUUUCUACAUGGAAGUAAUCUGACCUUCUCUGACUGAAUUGAUCGGAUGGCUUGAGAUCACCCUCAACAAGCAAUGAAAGAAAUGGCUAUCACCAUAUCAGCUAUUUGUUUAUAAAAUAUGAUGUUAAAUUGUAUGUGAAGUGUAAUAGUUUGGAUGCAACUUUGGAUGACUCAUGCUUUGUCAAAGGAUGGCCUGAUCUAAUGAAAUAUCCAAGCACAUUCAAAUACACACACCCACUGAACAAUUACAUCACUGUCCAUGUAGACAUUGCCUUGGAAGUCACAGUAUUUCAUGGUUUUAGCUUUUAGCCAUACUCAGAUAAAUGUUCAAUAUACAAGCGAUUUUAAGAGCUGUUGGUUCUCAUGCAAGGCCAUUUUUAUAUUUUAAUGCAAUUUUUUAAAUUUUUGUUCUUGUUUUCCUUUUUGUGUGGAUUGUAUGUAUGAGCAAUCUAAGUCAGUUACAUCAGACCUUUAACCUUUUAAUGAGUAACUGUCUGAUCAUUAGCAUAACCUCUACACUCCCCUUUAAGAGGGAAUGUUAUUAUGCAGAAAAAAGAAUUGAUUAAAACAAAGCAGUUCAUGGUGGGCUAGUUCAGGUGGGAGGUGGGCUAGGCCAUGUGAGAGUCAUGAGAGAAUAGUGUACUGGUGGCGAUGUUGCACUGUUGGGUACAACAGAGGAUGUUCACCUAAAAAGUGUCUUAAAUAAAGGCUCCAGUCAGCAGUUCAAGUCUGAGUUCCUCAGGCAAACUGUUCCAGAGGGUUUGAACCAUAACAGCAAAGCCCCGGUCACCUUUGGUUUUGACCAAGGAAUAUCUAACAUGGCCUUAUUAGAAGAUCUAAGGCUACGGGCUGGUGAGUACUGAUUUAGAAUUGUAACUUUACACACUGAGGCAAAAAAGGCGUCAGCAUUUGGUGGGUGGCAGACAUUAACAUUAGCUUUACACUCUCUAAGGAAGGCAAUGGUUCACCCAGUCCAUGUUUGCCGUAAAAAAGAAACAUAUAAUCACAAGCACCCCAUGCAAAUUAUGCUCAAUUCUGAGUAUUUACUGCCGCUGAUGGCUCCAGAGGUUGGCUGGGGAGGUUGAUAGUUGUCAUCAGUCAUAAAUAACAGUAAGUUGAAUGUGAAUCCAGGUCGUCUCCAACUUUAUGAAACUACCCUGUGUAAAAUGGUCAGAGACAGGUAGUGAAAAUGAUCCUCAGCUCUUAUUGAAUAUGACUCUUGUGUAUCCACCUUUUUCUCUAAUUCCAUCAUUCUUCUGAAAUGAAUUCUGGUAUUUAGGGAAGUUGCAUUUACACGACAGGGGUUUUCCCCAUGUAGAGAGAGGCCUACUUAUUGUACUAGACAGGUGAAAACUGCUGCAUGUUUAAAGAGUAUGUUUUCAUUGCCAUGAAGUCAGCCUUAAUUUGAAAGAAGGAUCCUUUGUCUCCCACUUUCCCAUGCAAGUUUUACUCCUAUUUAUCCAUCAUCUUUAUCCACUCUCCUCAACAAACAUUUACAUGUGCACAUUGGAAACGUAUUGUUGAAAUGCCACAUAUUUCUCCACAUAUUAGUACAGCUAUGAAAUAUUUUAUUGAUGGUAUUAAAUAUAUCUGUCAGACAUGGCCAAAUAUGACACUGAAAAUGAGUGGUGAGGAGGAGAAUGUUAUUACAAUACAAAGUGCCUGUGAAUUUGUGGCUGAGUUAAUUAUUGUCAAUUUUUAUAGCAGCAGACAAAAAACAGUAAGAUACAACAGUAUCUUUAAAUUAUCUUUAGAACAUUUUGGUGGGAUUAUGUCUCACUUACAGAGCAACUGUGUGCUAUUAUAUAUAUAUCCUAUUGAAGGGUGCUGUAUGCUAUCGAUUUUUCAUUUCUAAUGUUUUAAUAUUAAUAAUAAUAAAAUGGUUGCCUGCACAAGAAUGUAUUUAACGUUACAAUGUCACUUUCAGUAUUUGACAGUAUUAUCAUUUAACAUGCACUACCCAACUCACUAUGAGCUUCCUUUUGAAUGAAAUUUGUAAUGCAGUAUAUACAAUGUGUUUUAGAAAAUAAAGAAAUGUCAAAAGAUA